AAUGUACAUUUUUCUUCCAAUUGGUUUCAGAUUCAGAGUCAACGCAUUGUUUUACCAGCUGCUUCCUCAAGAUCUAUUUCACAACGUGGAGAUGAGAUUCGUAGCUGCGUGUACACAAUAUUAAGAGGGUUGUGCGUGGGUUAGGUUUCCUGGGCGACCUAUUGUACUGAUUAUAUGAUGAAGUCACCUUUGUCAUAAUUACCCAAGUAAAGUAAACCGGUUUCAUACCUGGGCUGCCACUCACUCACCGCUGCUGGAAAAAACACUUCCUACUUAUUCACUCAGUCGAUACCGUCUCUUCUCCUGACUAGGUAUGGCUCGAACUACACUGUCUAUAGCUCCUGUGCCCAACGGAAACCGCAAGAUACAACUGAACGGGAAUCACUUCAAAAGCGCCAUUUGUAAGAAAAAUGGAUACCACAAUAAGGCACAGAAAAACAUCACAUCACAUGGUGCUAGCCCCCCCUGCAGUAAGCAGAGGUUUCAGAGACCAGAGUCCUUUGAGCAGGCUCCCAUGUACGUAGCUGUGAUGACAUACCUGGGGUUCGGCAUCGUCACCCUGUUCGGAUACUUCAGGGACUUCCUCAGAGCAGUAGGACUGGAGAAAUGUCACAUCGCCAGGGAGAGAGAGGAGCAGAAGGAUUUCGUCCCGCUGUAUCAAGACUUUGAGAACUUCUACACCCGUAACCUGUACAUGAGAGUGAGAGACAGCUGGAACAGACCUAUCUGCAGUCUGCCCGGCCCUUUGUUUGACGUGAUGGAGAGGGUGUCCCCAGAUCACAACUGGACAUUCAGUUUAACAGGGAAGACUAUAGACAACGUCAUCAACAUGGGUUCCUAUAACUACCUGGGUUUCGCUGAGAACAACGCUGAUUUCCUGAAGACUGUGGAAGACAUUACCCAGCAGUAUGGCCUCGGGGUCUGCAGCACACGACAGGAAAUGGGUAACCUGGCUAUCCACGAGGAGUUGGAGCAGCUUGUAGCCACCUUCCUGGGGGUUGAGUCCUCCAUGAUCUUGGGAAUGGGCUUCGCUACCAACUCCAUGAACAUACCGGCACUGGUCGGCAAGGGCUGUCUGAUUCUGAGUGAUGAGCUGAACCACACCUCUCUGAUCUUGGGGGCCAGGUUGUCAGGGGCAACCAUCCGGGUGUUCAAGCACAACAACAUGCAGAGCCUGGAGCGUCUGUUGAGGGAGGCGGUGUGUACUGGGCAGCCUCGGACCCACCGGCCCUGGAAGAAGAUUAUGAUCAUUGUGGAAGGAAUCUAUAGUAUGGAGGGGUCUGUGGUGCGUCUGCCUGACAUCGUAGCCCUGAAGAAGAAGUACAAGGCCUACCUGUACCUGGAUGAGGCUCACAGUAUCGGGGCGGUGGGGCCGACAGGGAGGGGUGUGACAGAACUGUUCGGUCUGGACCCUUCGGACAUCGACGUCAUGAUGGGAACAUUCACCAAGAGCUUCGGGGCUGCAGGAGGAUACAUCGCUGGGAAGAAGGAGCUGGUUGACUACCUGCGUAGCUACUCCCACAGUGCGGUGUACUCCUCGGCCAUGUCUCCUCCCGUCACAGAACAGAUCCUGAGGGCCAUGAAAUGCAUCAUGGGGCUGGAUGGAACCACUAUUGGCCUGGCCAGGGUGCAGCAGCUAGCAGAGAACACACACUACUUCAGGUCUCGUCUUCAGGAGAUGGGCUUCAUCAUCUAUGGUAACGAUGAUUCUCCUGUGGUCCCAAUUCUGCUCUACAUGCCAGGAAAAGUUGUGGCUUUCUCUCGUGCCAUGCUGAAGAGGAAGAUAGGAGUGGUGGUGGUAGGGUUUCCUGCUACGCCCAUCACAGAGGCACGGGCACGUUUCUGCCUGUCUGCUGCACACACCAAGGCCAUGCUCGACCAGGUGUUGUUUGAUCUGAACGAGGUAGGAGAUGAUCUGUGUCUGAAGUUCUCCCGGAGGAUAUUUUCUCCUCGUCCACAACAACACAACAACAACGACGACGCGGACAGUCAGAUAAUAGACUGAUAGGAUAACCUCUGACCUCUAGCCCCUAACCUCUGACCUCCGACCUCUGACCUCUGCACUGAGAUACUGUUACGGUGGUUCCAUGCCGACAGGGAAUGGCCAUAAGUCCCAAUAAUGUGUCCUUUAAUCCCGAAGUGUACACUUGUGCUCUCCUCCCCACAUUGGAGUGGUGUAAGCAUGGGUUAGACGGUGUCCACCAUUUGUCUUGUACCACCAGUCCAAUACGUGAGAGAGUGGGGUCUGAUCUCUACCAGUCCAAUACACUGAGAGAGUGGGGUCUGAUCUCUACCAGUCCAAUACGUGAGAGAGUGGGGUCUGAUCUCUACCAGUCCAAUGCACUGAGAGAGUGGGGUCUGAUCUCUACCAGUCCAAUACACUGAGAGAGUGGGGUCUGAUCUCUACCAGUCCAAUACACUGAGAGAGUGUGGUCUGCUGCUCUGUUCUGUAAAUAAUAGUGUCUGUUUAUAUUAGAAUGUAAAUUAAGAGAUCAUAUAUUUCUGAUCAUUAUACAAGGCAAUCAAUCGUUCCAGGCUGCCAUUGUAAAUAAAAAUGUG